CAGCACUCUGCAUACUCCAUGGAUUAUUUGCUGGAUAUAGCCGAUCAUUAUGUCUUGGAUUCUGUUUACAAUAAAGCGUAUCCUUUGGCUCGCGAUCACAUAGUGCGUGAAGCAAUUAGUUUGUUCUUUUUAACAUGGGUCGGAGGUUUCCUUUUGUAUAUAACAUUCUCUUCUUUGUCUUACCACUAUGUUUUUGACAAGAGCCUAAUGAAGCAUCCAAAAUUUCUAAAAAACCAAGUAUGGAUGGAGAUUUGGACGGCGUCAAAAAAUCUUCCUGGAAUGGCAUUACUCACAGUACCUUGGUUUUUGGCCGAAGUCCACGGUUAUGGCUAUUUGUAUGAUCACAUUAGCGAUUACGGGAAAACUUAUUACUUCAUCUCUCUUCCCUUGUUUGUUCUCUUCUCAGACUUUGGCAUCUAUUGGGCUCAUCGCUUUCUCCAUCAUCGCUGGGUUUAUCCUCGUCUUCACAAGUUGCACCAUAAAUGGAUCAUUUGCACACCAUAUGCUUCUCAUGCAUUCAAGUCCGCCGACGGCUUCCUCCAAUCUUUACCAUAUCAUCUUUUCCCUUUCUUCUUUCCUCUCCAUAAAUGGACUUACCUUGCCCUUUUCACUUUUGUUAAUUUCUGGACCAUUAUGAUUCAUGAUGGCAAGUACAUUUCCAACAACCCCAUUGUCAAUGGGGCCGCUCAUCACAACGGACAUCACAUAUAUUUUAACUACAACUAUGGUCAAUUUACUACACUCUUUGAUCGCCUUGGAAAUUCAUUCCGUGCUCCUGACGAGGCUUGGUUUGACAAAUCUCUUCGCACAGAUGAUGAUGUUUUGAAGAGGGAGCUUAUGGAAUAUGAAGCCAUUCGCCGCGAAGUAGAAGGCGAAGACGAUCGUGACUAUGCUGCCGAUGGAAAAAAAAUUAAGUAAACCAUCUUCUUUAACUUUAGCUUUCUUCUCCCAAUGGCGUUUUACCUUUGUCGUUUUGCUUACUAUACUAUCCUUAAAUUACAACUUAUAUUGAAUUGAUUUUUUCCUCGUUUAUUGAAAAAAUAAAGGUUUAUCCUAUCUUUUCUUGCAUACUGGAUUUCUUUUCAAUGACUACUACCAUUUGCUAGUUUAUAGCAUCUUUUUUGUUCUCGGUGUAUCUUUUUGUAUGCACUUUUCUGGACAAGCCGGAUCAUGAUUUUCUCGCCAAAGCAGUUUUAGAUACGGGAGAAACUUCAGUUGUAUUGCAUUAUAGUGUCUUUUUCCAUUCGCUCCUUUUAGUUGCAUAAUACUUGGCAUCCUAAAACUUUUGUAAUGAAUUAGCUUUCAAAAUUGCGUGUUUAAUAAAACCC